UCGAGAGACUGGAUCGUUCCCCGGACGACUUUGAGCUGUCGACCUGUCGACUGAGUGGUCGUGUGGAGCUGCUCGAGCAUCUGUGAAACGCCGUCAGCAACGCCCUCUGGCCACCACUUCGCUCGCACAUUGCGCAGUGCAUCGUUGUCGGCCAUCAUGGAGCGUCACUGCGUCGAUUGGAGUCCACUGGCGUACUUGCAAGGCACGCAGAGCUGUCGGGAGCUGUCGCGAACGAAACGAUCUCUCUCGCUUCCUCGCCACACUGCCAAAACCCCCGAGUCUAUGGCUACUCCCUCUCUUGCUCAGUGCAGCUCUGCUAACCGAUUGCAGUCGCCAUCCGCCUCUCAUCAACAUGCCGAUGUGUACUCGCCCUGCGCAAGACUGUUCGCGAUUCAGAUCUGACUCCUGCCCUAGGAUCUG